CGAGGCCGCGGGGACAGCGAGGGGACAGCGAGGGGACAGCGAGGGGACAGCGGCGGGAAUCCCGGCUCGUCCCAACGGGAACAUUCCCGGCUCUUCCGCCAUCCCGGAGCCGCUGGACACCCGGGAAGCGCUUCCAGAGGGUGGAAAACUGCAAACUCCUGGGGAUAAUUACGCGGGAAACGCAAUUCCCGGAUCGAACGGACGGGAAUUUUCCGUGCCUUCAUCCCGCCGGGAAUUCCGGCCGGGCCGAGGAAACCAAAAAACAAGCGGAGAUGCUUCCCAAACUUCCAUCCCGAUCUCCGGAUGCCGGGCAAACGCCCAGGGUAGAGGGAUAAAGCCCCGCCGGGAGGUGCGGGUGAUGCCGCUGGCGUUGCCGUCGCUCGUUCCCGAGGUUUUCCGUGGGAAUCGCGGAGCAUGGCGGAGCACCCGGAGCUGCUGGCGGAGAUGCCGGCGGUUUCCCGGCUCAGCACUCCAGAAAGGCUCCGGCACGCGCAGAAACGCCGCGCCCAGCAGCUGAAGAAAUGGGCGCAGGCGGAGAAGGAAAUCCCGGGAAUUUUCGAGCGGAAAAGGAGGAGGAGGAAGAGCGGGAGCCACGGGAAGCGCGUGACGUUCCCGGCCAGCGUCCGGCUCCUGGAAGCGGCCGCCCGGCACGACGCCGAGGAAGUCCGGCAGUUCCUGGAGAGCGGCGUCAGCCCCGACCUGAGCAACGAGGACGGGCUCACGGCGCUGCACCAGUGCUGCAUCGACGACUCCAUCCCGCUGGUCCGGCUGCUCCUGGAUUCCGGCGCCGACGUCAACGCUCGGGACUCGGAGCUCUGGAGCCCCCUCCACGCCGCCGCCACCUGCGGCCACCUGGGCCUGGUCCGGCUGCUCAUCCAACGCGGCGCCGAUCUCCUGGCGGUGAAUUCCGACGGGAACAUGCCCUACGACCUGUGCGAGGACGAGGCCACCUUGGAUUGCCUGGAGAGCGCCAUGGCCGAGCGAGGGAUCACCCAGGAGCGCAUCGAGGACGCCCGGGCGGCCCCGGAGCGCUCCAUGAUCCGGGAGAUCCGGGAGAUGAUCCGGGCGGGAGAGGACUUGGACGCGCCGAGGGGACACGGAGCCACCUUGCUCCACGUGGCCGCCGCCAACGGAUUCCUGGAAGCGGCCGAGCUGCUGCUGGAGCACCGCGCCCGCCUCGAUCGCCGGGACGAGGACGGCUGGCAGCCCCUGCACGCCGCCGCCUGUUGGGGUCAGGUGCAGCUGGCGGAGCUGCUGGUGGCUCACGGUGCCGAGCUGGGCGCCAAAUCCCUGCUGGAUGAGACGCCGCUGGAGGUCUGCGGGGACGAGGAGGUGCGCGCCAAGCUGCUGGAGCUGAAGCACAAGCGCGCGGCCGUGCUGAAAUCCCAGGAGAAGCAGAAAUCCCUGCUCCAGAGGCGAACGUCCAGCGCCGGCAGCCGCGGGAAGGUGGUGCGGAGGGUCAGCGUGUCCGAGCGCUCCAGCCUGUACCGGCGCGAGCAGCGGCGCGAGGCCAUCGUGUGGCAGCGCGGGGGACAAAGGGACAGCGAGGACGAGGACAGGGGGACACCCGAGGGGGCCGCGCCGGAGCCCCCCCGGCAGCAGCGCGGCGGCGGCGGGGACCCCUCCCCCGUCCCCUCGGAGCCCCCUCCCCACCCCAACGGCUCCGCGCUGUCCCCGCUGUCCCCUCGCUGUCCCCCGGCCGGUGACAAAAGCCACCCCCACACCUUGGCCGACCUCAAACGCCACCGAGCCGCCACCAAAACCCAACGGAGCCGCCCCGAAAACGACCCCAAAAACGCCCCUCAAUCCCUGAAAUCCCCCCAAAACCCUCUCGGCGACAUCGGGGACGCCCUCGGCGACAUCGGGGACAGCCCUGGGGACAUCGGGGACACCCCCGGGGACACCCCCGGGGACACCCCCGGGGACAUCGCGGAGCCGCCGCUGCUGCGCCUGACGGCCCCGAGCGAGGAGGGCGCCGUGGAGAAGCAGCGCUGCUGUCACCUGAUGUGACAACUUUUUGGGGUGGCUUUUAGGGGUUUUGGGGUUCCUUUGUGGGGUUUUUGGGGUCUCCCCCAAAUCCUCGAGGAUCCCCACCCCCCCCCCAGGUUGUCGUUGUCACCUUUUUGGGUCCUUUUUUUUGGGUCUUUUUUGGCCCCAAAAAUCAAAGCGGGGUUUUGCAGCGAA